AUGCCACCGCCACGUCCGAUGAAGGGCCUCAUUACGUUUUCUAUAUAUCGUUUUAAAGCGUCCAUUUUUAUCAGAUUCUUUUGUAUUUUUUAA